GUGCUUAUGUGCACCAUUGUCAUCUUCCAGAGAAUAUCCAGUUAAAAAAGAAAUUGCUCUCCCUUAUAAAUUCCUGAGUCAGCUUUCUGCAAACUAAUAAUGUUCAGACACACUGAAACUUGAACCUUCUAGAAUUCUAGCCAGGUUGGCCAAAGAAUACAAGUUGGGAAGAUUGCCCAUUGUAACCCUGGUAUUGCAAACAUAAACAGUAAUAACUGGCAUGGUGAUAUUUCCAGCUACUGUGGACAAUCUUCUAUUAUUUUGUCAGGUUGGUUACACCCCAUAACUACUAGCAUAGCAACCAAAAACUCCAAAUGAUACUACAGUUCUUUCCUACAAGGAAAUAUGAGUAGCUAGUGCCUUUCACAUACUGAUAAAUAUAACCCUUUGUAAAUAUCUGGAAACACUUUCCAAAAUGACAGAUAAAACGUUUUUCCACUGUUGUAACUGUGAAAUGGGGUUCCGCAGCAGACGACUGCUAGAGAAGCACACAGAAAAAUUCUGCAUUGGACGAGAAAUGGCAAUGAAUAUAAAAUACCGGCACAGGCAAGCACAGCAUAAAGGGAAAGAGCCCAAGAAAACAGAAAUGGCAGACAGCAUGCUUCAUGUGUCAAAGCUAGAAAGAGACAAUUUCAGAUAUAUCAAGGGAAAUGGGGAACACGAGCAACAAGUCCAUAAUGUUAGAAGCUCUGAUGAUAGUGGAAGAGUUUCAGAUAACCAGGCCUUGAAGAAACUGACUGAAGAGUUCCACAAAUUGAGGACAUCACUUGAAGGCACACUUCCAACAUUUCGGACACUCCAGAAUGAAAACCAAAUACCUCACCAGCAAGAAUACUGUCAGCGUCAUAAGCAAAUAGUAGAUGCACAUGAGCGCCAGUUGGCUGAAAUCCAAGCUAGCAACCAACACCUGGAACAGCAAAAAGAUGAAAUUCAUACACGCCUGUCAGAGUUGAAAUUAGGGAACUCAUCUUCAUCUCAGAUAGAAGAGUUGUUGAUGGAGCUGAAUACCCAAGAAAAAAAGAACAAGUUGACUUUGAAUGCACUGAGCGAACAGGUGAAACUUCUGCAGGUAGCAACAGGGAACAGAAGGAAUCUGGAUUCUGCCACCAAUAGAAAGACACAUAGCAUUGUAAAUAAAAUGGACGAGAAUGCCAUCUUCAAGUCUAUGGUGUUUCCAGCAGCUAUUGGGCCCCUUUCUUCUGAGAUACAGAUGCUGUACCUGACUUACUUGCAGAGUGGAGGCAGUGACCAUCACAUCAUCCGUCAGAUGUAUGAACUGCAGCUGGAGGCCACAGCACUGGAAAAAAAUGGCACAAAGCCUGAACAAAGUGGUAGAAAGAAAAAAUAUGAAGAUGGUCUCAACUCAAAGACUUUGGAUGCAGAACUCUUGUCUGUUGAGUUAGAGAAUCAACGUCUGGAAGAUGAGAUAUUAAAAAUGAAAAUUCUGAAGGACAGAAGGAGAAUGGAAAAUGGUUCUUUGGACUUAGAGCUGGACAAGUUGCAACAAGUACAUAUGGCAGAAAUGGCUCAGCUACAUGCUGAAAUUGGUAGGCUGAGACACAAUAUUGAAAGGAGGAAAGUUCAGUGGUCUAGAAGGGGAUCCCCACCCCUACUUCCACCUCCUAUAGCACCACCUCUGCCACCUCCUCCUCCUCCUCACCUUGGGCUCCCUGAUCCCACCAUUCUGACUAGAAAUAUGGACCCCAUGGGAUCAUCUGCUACAGGAAUAAACCAGUACUUUCUGGAUCCCUCUGACACACUAGGUCCAGCUCCAUAUGAUCCAGUAUCUGGCUUUGUAAUAUUCUAUGAUUUUCUUUUGGGGUUGGAUCCUAUGUUCUACCAUGUUCGCCUGGUCUCUGGCUUAUAUCGUAAUGGGCAGCAACUAGGGAAGUCCACACCUCUUCCUAUUGUCUCCUCUGAUAUGGGCCAUUCUCCACAAUCUCUGAUGGACAGGCAAAGAGCAUGCUGUGCCAUCUUAGCAGCUAGACAGCCAGUCCCAAGAAUCCUUCCUUCAACCUCCAUCAGUCUUGUAGCUGAGCUUCAGGCCUCUGGAGGUUUUGAUGUUUAUGGGCAGGAAAUCCAGAAUUUGUCCCCCAGAGGAUGGGCUAAAACCAACAUUUUUGACCACCUGCACCAAGUGAUGAGUGGGCAUUGGAAAGUUCCUAUCCGAGUGCUUCCUGUAAAGCCAGGUCUUACUGAAGAACAGUUGAAUGGUGUGCCUCAGGUUGGCAAAGCUGAGCUUUAUUUGCGGUUGGUGAACGCAAGAGAUGCUGAUAUGCAAUCAAUGGCUGAUAUCCAACCUGGCAGAGCUUCCUUAUAUAAAUAUCUUCCUGCAGCAUCCAGUUCCACAGCGCCUCCUAUUGAUUUCCCUCCAACCCAGCAUUCUUUCCAUCCUGCCCCCACCAGCCUGUCCUUUUCUGCUUCUCCUUACACUGGUUUAGUUGACCCUCCUCCUAAUCAGGAACAGUCUGUCCAGCUUAAAUCUAAUGAAAGAGGUGAAAAAAUAUCCCUAAAUCCAAUUCCCAAGCAGAGAAAUUACAGGCAGCCAAAAGAAACACGUCUGGGAAUCAUUCUUGAUAAAGUGAAAGGUGCCCCACCUGGCAAUGGGGCCAUCCGACUGACAGGUUACCAUCAGAAAACUGGUCGGAUGAUUUGCACCAGCAAUUCAGGAUUUAAUUAUUGCACUAAUUUCAUCAGAUCAGACACCAAAUACAGUUAUUUCAUAUUUGGAGAGGAACAGGUAAUAUUUUGGGAUGUUAUGCCACAAGAAGAUAUGAUCCUUGUUGCUCGCUUUUAUCACUGCCCCAAAGGAAGGGAAGCAUCUGCAUUCUGGGACAACAAAUUCACCUCCCAUUAUCCAUCAUUAGGGAGUGAACAAUGGUUAGCUGCCUGGGCUGUGUUCAGACUAACCAAGCGGCUUGAAUCCUGUGAAGUGAUGUUUGCAGGUGCAAAGAAGGAAGAGGAAUCCAGAAUGACUACGUGGAAUAUUGGCACUCAUACAUUAUCUCUGUAUCAAUGUCCUGUGCCACCUAUAACAGUUUUGCCCACUGUGCCAGCAGAACACAAGAUGUAUGGCGAUGCUACUUUGAGACUACACAUCUUUAGUACCCAAAAACCUGAGCUGCCUUUCCCACCAGAGUUACCAGCCACACUUGAUCCUACAGAAGCCUGAUCCCAUGCAGGUGCUAGAGGAAGAAUACAGUAGUUUGCUGUUGUAAACUAGAAUGGCUGGGAUUCAUCUAUCCCAAACAGAAUUGGUAGAAGAACCCAAAAGUUCCUUUUGGUUAUCUUUCAAAUAACAUGGAAAGAAGUGUUUUUCUCCAGAUAUGCCUCCGCAGUAUAGGAACUACUCAAACAUAAGCUAUGCUCACAUGUAUUCAAUUUGUCUGACAAUUAAAUAAAAGGGGUUUUAUUCUUCAUCUUUGAGGCUUUUGUUUUUGCAGUGAUUUCUUUGUUGUGUUUUGCAACCUUCUUGGAUGAAUGCAUUUUCUGAUCUGGAAGUUACAGAUAAAUUUAUUGAUCUAGGAUUAAUAAUCUAUCAUUAUAUGAAAAACUAUCUAUUGAGAAAAGAGUAGACCCAAAAAGAAGUUACUCUUACCUUGGAAAGGUAUCAAUUCAGAUUUAUAAUCAUAUAUGAUUUAUAAAUGAUACUGUUCACUCUGCUUAGGAAAAUAAUAUCGCUAUAAAAAGACUGAUUUAUAUCAUUCUAUGUGAUCAAGGUAAAUAGUGUUUUAAUACUGUUUUUCCCCCUGAUUUUUUCCCCUUUUGUAUUUUUUUUCCUUGACUUGAGUUAAAUAAAUUCCUAUUUUUGCUAAUGUAACUACCACUUCUUAGAGUGGAAUAUGAAUAUUCCCUUCCAAGUCAUUUAAAUGUAUUUCUUACCAUCAUAUUCUGUCUUUUUGAUACUUAAGAUCUUAUAAUUAUUUUCCAUCCAUCGUUUUCCUUUAGGCUAAUGAAGAUCAUUCAAUGAGCUUCAGGACUAAGUGGAUUUGAACUGAAAUCUGAGCUUAAUUUUUUUUUAAAAAUAGCUUGUUUGGUUUUAAUGAGGAUGUGACAUGGUAUAAACAUACAGUAUUUGCACAGGCAGCCCAAAAUCUAUGUUGCAAUGGAUGUAAUGGCCUAUUUAUGAGUAUGUAAUAAACUGUGUGAAAACAAAAUAAAGCAAGCCGCUAAAAAACUAA